UAGGCCGUUGUAAACAGGGUAUAUUGAGUGAAGUUGUAAAAGCUUCUAAAAUCGGCAAGGGCAAUUUCAUGAAUGAGAAUUUCAUUUCAUGAGUUCGGCCUCAUCUUGAAUACUGUGCACAAGCAUGCCACUCGUCUCUAAAAAAGGAUAUAAAACUUUUGGAGCGUGUGCAGAGGAGGGCAACAAAGAUGGUUCGUGGGCUGGGUGAAAUGAGCUACAGAGAACGCCUGGCUUCCUUAAAUAUGUUUUCACUUCAUUACCGCAGGAUAAGAGGGGAUUUGAUUGGACUUUUUAAAAUAUACGAAGGGAUUGAUAAGUUAGAUUUUGGGAAGAUGUUUACAUUCAAUACAAAUUCCACGAGAGGAAAUGGGUGCAAACUAGUAAAGAAAUUUUCCAGAACCAAGUUAAGACAGUCCUUUUUUACCAGUAGGGUCAUAGAAGCUUGGAACGGUUUACCUCCUAGAGUUAUCAAUAGUUCCUCCUUAAGUAAUUUUAAAAAUGAGUUAGACUUGUAUCAUAAACAGCGUGGGCUAGUGUUCGAUGAAAUGGUGUAAUUGUACCGUGUUUUACAUACAGUGUCUGUUCAUCUACCUGUAACCUCGUUGGGCCCCAGUGGCCUGCUGUUACAUGGAAUAUAUGUUAUGUUAUGUUAUGUUAUGAACUUGUAAAAAGGUCACAAAAUUGUAGUAUAUGCAGCCUUGAUUGUAGCCUGGUCAAGAGGUGGGGAGGGGACGCCAUGUCUCUCUCGCCGGCCGCAGACCGGGUGCCGUUCGGCGACUUUUGCACCCUCUGCGAGCGGCUGGCCGGCGCGCCCUCCAAGCCGCGCCGUCUGGAGGUGUGGCGCCGUUUUUUGGCGCGCUACCGGCCGCAGGUGCUGCCGUCUGGCGGCGACUCGGCCUUCACGCUGCUGCGGCUGCUGCUGCCGGACCGGGACCGGGAGCGCGGCCCGUACGGCGCCAAACACCACCGGCUGACCGAGCUGUACACGGCAGCGCUGGGCCUGCCGCGCGCCAGCGCCGCCGGACAGCAGCUGCUGCGCUACCGCGCCGACGGCGGCCACCAGCACGGCGCCGGCGACUUUGGCGAGACGCUGCAGCACGUGCUGCUGCACCGCUGCCCGCAGCAGGACAGCGGAUGGAGCAUGCAGCGGAUUGACGACACGCUAAGCCACCUGGCGGAGAUGAAUCAAGCCAACGACCGGGCGGGCAUGCAGGAGACCAUGCAGCAGCUGGUGCGAACGCUCUCCGCCCGCGAGCACAAGUGGCUGGCGCGCAUCAUACUGAAGGAGAUGCACCUGGGGCUGGACGCUAACUCGCUGCUGAGGGAGUUCCAUCCGGACGCGCUGGAUCACUGGGCGGUGGCCAGCUGUCUGCGCCGGCUGGCGGCCGAGCUGAGGGACCCGCAGCAGCGGCUGGACCGCGCCCAGAUCAGCCUCUUCAACGCCUUCAGGCCGAUGCUGUCGGAACGCUCCGGUCUGGAGCGGAUUGACCGGCAGAUGAAAAACAAACCGUUUUUCGUGGAGCCGAAACACGACGGCGAGCGGGUGCAGCUGCACAAGGACGGCGACAGGUACAUGUUCUUCUCUCGCGGCGGGUUCGACUUCACGGCCUCGUACGGCGACUCGCCGUCGGCGGGCUCCCUGGUGCCGCACAUCCACCGCCAGUUCCCGGACACGGUCCGCUCCUGCAUCCUCGACGGAGAGAUGCUCGUCUGGAACGACCGGGAGCGCGCCGUCAUCGUCAAGGCCGAGGCGCCCGACGUCAAGAAACUGAAGCCCGGCGGCCGCGUGUGGCCCAUGUUUGUGCCGUUCGAUCUGGUGUAUUUGAACGGCGAGGUGCUCACCGAGCGGCCGCUCAGCGAGCGACUCGAGAAGCUCAAGUGCGUGUUCCGGCCGCUAGAUGGCAGGCUCGACGUGACUACGAGGCUCGAGGUGUCCACCACUGAAGAGGUGGUGGAGGCCCUGAACGCCGCCAUAGACCGGCAGGAGGAGGGUCUGGUACUGAAGGACCCCCAGUCGCUGUACCGACCCAACGCCCGCCGCGCCGGCUGGGUCAAGGUCAAACCGGACUAUGUCGACUCGCUGGUGGACGACCUCGACCUGCUUAUUAUCGGAGGGUAUUACGGCGGCGGCGCCCGCCGCGGCACCGUGUGCCAGUUCCUGCUGGGAGCCGCCGAGCCGGCGGAGCGGGACGGCGAGCAGCCGCAGCUCUUCCUCUCGGCCGGCACCGUCAGCUCCGGUCUGACGAGUCAGCAGCUGCUGCAGCUGCAGCGGCAGCUGAUGCCACACUUCCGACGGACGAGCCGCAGCGGCCAGCCGCCGCCGGGCCUGCGCUGGGCCACCGAGAAGCCCGACCUCUGGAUCGAGCCCUGCCACAGCCAGAUUCUGCAGGUGAAGGCCACCGAGAUAGUCGAGUCGUCGCGCCAUGCGGCCGGUCUGGUGCCGCGAUUCGCGCGCGUGGUGGCCGUGCGCGCCGACAAGCCGUGGCACCAGUGUGUGACCACGGCCGAGCUGCGCCAACUGAGACAGCGCGCCGGCGGGAAACUGGCCACCGGCCACCUGCAGGGUGUGCCGCGGCGGGCGCCGGCGGCGGGCCGGGCCGGCGCGCGGCCGCCGGCGGUGGCUGCCCACCUCCGUCCGACGGACCUGAGCGGGCUGCCGGCCGAGUCGGCGCUGCUCCGAGACAAACAGAUCUGCGUGAUGACCUGCGACAGGCUGAGUGAUAAGGCCGAACUGGAGCGGCUGGUUCACCAGUGCGGCGGCUCGCUCACCCAGAACCCCACCGAGCGCACCUGGUGCGUCAUCGCCGACCAGGUCACCGUCAAGGAGCGCAGUGUGGUACGCAGCGGCCGCUAUGACGUGGUCCGCUCGCGGUGGCUGCGCCGACUGGCGGCCGCCGGCCGGAUGGUCCCGUUCGCGCCCUCCGAGCUGCUGCACGCCACGGCGGCCACCCGGCGCGACACGGCGCUCCACUUCGACCCCUUCGGCGACAGCUACAGCGAGGACGUGACGGAGCCGCAGCUGAAGGAACUGCUGGACGCGAUGCGGUCGGAGCCGGCGCCGGCGGAGCCGCCGUCCGAGCUGCUCCACAGGCUGGCGGCCGGCGGCGCGCCGCCGCCCUUCUGGACGCUGGCCGGCUGCCGCUGCUUCCUGGCGCCGCCGCUGCACGGCGCCACCGUCGCCGGGCUGACGGUCCGCCUGCACGGCGGUCGGCUCAGUGGCGCCCUGGACGGCCGGGUGACGCACGUGGUGGUGCCCGCCGCCGCCGCCCCUUCGGACCCGGACACCGACCGGGAGGCGCGGCUGGGCGCCCUCAGAGAGCAGAACCGGCAGCGCGCGCGCAAAUUCCACCUGGUCUCGGAGCGCUGGGUAGAGGAGUGCGCGCGGCGCGGGCAGAGAGCGGAGGAGCGCGCCUUCCCGCCCUGACCUGACCUCGGACGGGCCACCGGUCACUGACUGGCCUCAGCCUGGGGUCGGUAGUCCAGCUCGGCCUUAAUUUCGGGUGUGCUUUAUGUCCACAUAAUGUGUUUGCGUUUCCUUGACGUUAGAUAUCACGGGUGAUACUGUUUUUGUACUUCUGAUCUCGUACAAUCAGCUGGUAUUGAUUGUAAUUUAGCAGAGUGCCUUGUUAUUGUUUUGUAGAUGAGCGUUAAUUAGUUAGCUGCCUGCUUCUCUGUGAUACAUUGUAUUCAAGCUGAACUGGCUGCUGAAUGGCAAACGGUAACAAUGCGACUCACGUCUUUGGCCUGGUCAUGAUUGUUGUGCGUUGUUGCUUGCUUCACGCCGUGUUCAAUAAACUAGUCGUGAACA